GUUAAAUACGAACGGAUUGCACUGAUAUCAGGAAGGGAAUGUUUUGCAUUAUUGGAUUUAAAGUUGUGGAGUCUGGUCGAUUUGUUCCGCUAGUCAUUCAUCACAUCUACUAAGUUUUUUGAUGUUUCGAGCACUGAAUUUAGAAUGUUAACGUAAUUAUUGUUUUAUUACGACACUGAUUGUUACUGUCUUUUGUUCAUUGCGAAUAUGCCUCCGAAAGGCGUCGGUAAGGCCGUGAGCAAGCGGUGUCCUCAAUGCAAGAAGCAGAUUCCUGUUGCUACUCGUCUCUGUGCUUGUGGCCAUCAGUUUUUUGAAGAGCGUCGCCGUUCUUGCACAGCCCUCACACCUCCUCAAGAUUCAGGUGGUGAUAUAGACGAGAUCAGUGCCACAGCCAGUGUCAGCAGUGAUACAGGAUUCCCCAGAACUGCUUCACCAUUGUUCACAUCACCACCUGGCAUGCUGGGGGCGGGGUCAAAGGGGCAUGUGAACACGUCUGUCACCCUGGCAGGAGGCAGCACGACUCCCGAGGGUGGCAAGAGGAGAAGUGAGAGGGUCAAGAGGGAGAAGCCUAACUUCUAUGACGCCCUCGAGUAUGACAAUCAGAUGAGGAAAGCGCGGAGGGAGCGACAGAAAGAAGAACCUCAGCCGCAUCCAAGCACGUCCGGCCGAGCCAAGAGGGAGCGCAGACCAAAGAAUAGUUCUCCGGACGAAGAAGAAGAUGACGAUCACGUACAGAAGGAGAAGAAGCGAAGGAAAAAGAAAAAGAAACCAAAGAAGGAAGAAGAGGAGGAAGAUGAAGACAUCAUGGCUGGGAUCUCUCCUUACAGAGAACGGAGUUUUGCUUACGUGCUCUCUGAUAUUAAUCAUAAACUAGGACUGAACAAUCCCGUUUUUACUUGAAGAUAACUUAUUCUUAAGUUUUAGUAUUUAUUCCGUGCGAUUGUUUCUAUAAUUAUUGGUUGAGAUAAGUUUGGAAUCAACAAGGCCUGAUGAAUGAAUGCGACUACUAGACAAGAACGUUAAGUGUCUACGUGGUCUGUGCAAUAUUAUUCAUGCGGUGCACGUAACGUUUCAUGCGCGAUCAUAAUUAAGUAACAAAUCUAUCAUUUUGUGUGGAGAUGACGGGAUACUGAUCCGUUUAUAAGCACCUCAUUCAGAACGUGACAUCUUGCUUGAUUCAUGAGAAAGUUAUCAGGCGUGAAAUGGUAUGACAUUCGGGGUCCAAUAUGGAUUUUGUUCGACGCCAAGGGGAUAUAAAUGGACAUUUUUAAUAGAAUAUUUCAUUUCCCUUCGUGGAAUUAAUAAUGCAGAUCGUACUUAACAAGUCAAUAAUAGGUUAAUUGUGACAGUUCUCGAAUAAUUAUUUAUUGAAGAUUAGACAGUACUUUCAAGAGACCCUGGAAAACUCAGUUUCUCUCGGUUAUAGUUAGAAAUGCAGCGUAUGAUCUGGUAAUACUAACUUAUAUCUGGUAACUGACUAAUAAAUAUUACAACUAUGGCAAAAUGGGAGAAAUGAAUUUACUCAUCAACAUGAUGCCCCAAGUCAACAGAUAUAAUCUGGAAUGACUAAUGAAUGAAGAUCUACAAAGCACGUCGUGCAGAGGGCUGCACUUACGCGACUUGUCAAUACGUUCUUUUACUAACUGAAUCUGGUAGAAUUGGCGAACACCUACCCGUGGACUGAUUGACGAAGGAUAACGGUUAGAUGUUCCGAGUUUGUACAGCUGUAAUCUUCGGUAUAAUAAUUCCGAAUUAUAGCAAGAUAAUAUGUACAUAUAACUAACUUAAUUUUCUAGGUUCGAUUAGUGUAAAUUUGUCUCUAGGAGUACAUGAUUUUAGUUCCC